ACGUAUCGGAUCGUAGCUUGCUGGCAGGAAAGCAGCACAGGCCAGAUUCGCCAGAUCGCAUUUGUCUCGUUUCUUGCUCCCGCAACCCCAAUUCUCCCUCUAUAUUUCAGCAUAUUCGCAGUUGCACCUUCAAGAUGGCGGCGCAGGUCAUCUCCAACUCCGGCCAUGAUGAUAUGAUUCAUGAUGCCGUUCUCGACUACUACGGACGAAAGCUGGCGACCUGCUCAAGCGACCGAACAAUCAAGAUCUUCGAGAUUGAGGGCGAGACACAACGCCUGGUUGAGACUUUGAAGGGUCACGAAGGUGCUGUAUGGUGCGUUGCCUGGGCGCAUCCCAAGUAUGGCAACAUUCUGGCAUCGGCUGGUUACGAUGGCAAGGUCUUUAUCUGGAAAGAACAGGGCGCCCAGAACAGCCAGUGGCAGCGAAUCUACGACUUCCCCCUGCACAAGGCCUCGGUCAACAUUGUCUCCUGGUCUCCUCAUGAGGCCGGCUGCCUCCUCGCCUGCGCAUCUUCUGACGGCAACGUCAGCGUCCUCGAAUUCAAGGACAACAGCGUCGACCAUGUCACAUUCCAAGCCCACGGCCUCGGCGUCAACUCUGUCUCCUGGGCACCAGCCACCUCACCUGGCAGCAUCGUUAGCAGCGCCCCAGGCCCUGGCGCCACUGGUAACCGACGGUUCGUCACUGGUGGUUCUGACAACUUGAUCAAGAUCUGGGCGUUCGACCCUGCCACACAGUCAUACAAGCAGGAGGGUGAAGCGUUGACGGGCCACAGCGACUGGGUUCGCGAUGUUGCGUGGUCUCCCACCGUCUUGCAAAAGUCAUACAUCGCAUCGGCUUCCCAGGAUAAGACAGUCCGUAUCUGGACGUCAGAUCAAUCCAGCGGCGGCCAGUGGGCAAGCAAGGUGCUCACCUUUGAGGCCCCUGUUUGGCGUGUUAGCUGGUCCCUGAGCGGCAACGUCCUCGCUGUUAGCUGCGCGGACAACAAGGUGUCCCUGUGGCAAGAGAACCUGCGUGGCGAAUGGGAGUGCGUCAAGUCGAUUGAGGAGUAAAGCAAGGAGAAGACAAGAGACAAAGGAAUAUGAAAUUUUUGAUAUCAUGACUUGGCGUUUGUUGGUGAGCUUGGUGUCCAAAGCAAGACGAGACAAAAAAAGAGAGGAAGCAAUUAUGGAUAGGAUAAAGUCGAUUUACUAUCCGUGCCCUAUUCAGUGGAGAGAACGCAGCACUGCGGAAACGAUGCCAGUGCCUAAUGGCAAAUUAGUCACGUUAGAUGGAAUCAUUAUGGCUACAUACAAUAAUUCUUUGGAGAGCCUUU